CACCUCUCCGAUUCCGUCCGGAUCUUCACCAUUUCUGGCGAGUUUUCUGGGCACAGAAUCCCAUUGAGUGAGGAUUUACUCGAUGCUCGAAUGCUCAUGGAGGCGAAGCUACCUAAUUUGCCAAAGUGGGCUGGUAGUCGGGGUGUUUAUGAUGCCCUAUUCAACGACGCUGAUCUCUUGGUUUUGGCAGUGGUGUCAUCGAACUCACCGAUAUCGACCAUCAGCACACAAUUUCCCGAUUCCAGCUUGAUCCACCCAACCAUCCAGUCUGGAUCGAAUUUGUCCAUGGAAGCCACCGAGUUGCUGCCGAGGACAAUGAGGGGAACGUCACCAUCCUUAGCCACGAUAUGACCCCCAUUAAUCUUGGUACUCUUCCCAACAAUCCUCUUCCUGCUGUAACUCGAAUAUCAGAUAAUGGAUUAUUUAUCAUACGAGUUCCACGGAACGCUGAUAGUCCUUGGUACGACAGCCUGACUCUCAUAUCCAUUUCGGGUGACCCGCACAUGCAGCACCUCGCACCCCCUACUUCCAAUAAUUUUACUCCAACUUCCAGCCCUCCUAUCUUGGCCUCUGAUUUUUCUACUUCGCCUUCUGCAUCCAUCAAAACUGACCCAGAUGACCUUCUGCUCGCUAUUCCUCACCGUCGCACGCUCGGGUUUUCUCCGGGAGCAUGUUAUGUCGGCGCUUUCGAUGGCCUCAGUGCUUUCACCUGGUCGACAGAAGGUGAAGUAGCAGAUAUACAUCAUUCCGAAACACAUGCAGGGCAUAACUUGGACGGGUCCUGGAUCAAGUGUCCAUUUUAUGUUCUCUUGCCAAGUGAGGAGCCGGAGGAGUCGGAAGGGUGGAUGAAGAAGUUGCGGAGGCUUGAGAUCCAUUCAUCCGCUGCUGGAAGAGCCCCGCUGUUCGGAACCAGGGGAAAACGCAGGGGGAUACCAGUGCUCUUCAAUGGCAAAUUAGAAUUCAUUAUUCCCCAGGAGUAUGAUCCAGUUGUUUUUACUGGUGCCAAGGCCCUCGAUCCAGCAAAGAUGGGACUCGAAUCCUUCUCCAAGGCUGGCAGACAGCUCCAAUUGUUGUUGAUCUUAGCCAAGUCAUUUAGGAUAUUCGUGGUCAAUUGCAAUAUCCUCCUAUUUGCCUUUGCACGUUCUACCCACCGUCAAAGGGGGAAUCGCGAAAUUUCGCUAGGUCGCGCUUCCAUCUUUCUGGACUUCGAGUAUAAAUAAAGCUCGGAGACUUCAACAGCUCUACGACCAUUCCUCCCUUGCGCUAUCGUUUCGUCCCGGGUCGGACAAAAUGAAUGCUCAGCAUUGCGACCAGACCUUUGACUUUGCUCUUUUCAUAAUUUCCUCACUCCGUAUCAGAAUGAACAUACCUGUCCAUUUGAGGCACUAAAAGGCUUGACCGA